AUGACGAACGAGGAUUUGGGGAUCCCUGUAAUCGAUUCACACGUACACUUAUUCCCUAAAUCUGAAAUCGAUUCAAUAUCUUGGUUGGAAACUGGCCAUCCACUUGACGGGCAAUACUCCGUGGAGGACUUCCGAAACGCCAGCAAAUCCUCGCCAUCAGUCUCAGGCUUUGUCGUCGUCGAAAACGACCGUAUAUACGAUCUCGAUGCUGGCGAAGAGGGAUGGGAAGGGCCGUUGAAGGAGAUUUCAUGGUAUCGGCGCCUGGCCCUAGGCGAGCCAAAAGCCGGUGAAGGGCACGUUGUUGAGAAUUCGCGGCUUGUGCUGGGUCUUGUUCCUUGGGCACCACUUCCAAAUGGCCCUGCCGUGCUAGAAACCUACCUCGAUAAAGCCAAGCAAGUUGCAGGCCCCGCUUGGCCCAAGGUCAAAGGAUUUCGCUACCUUUUGCAAGAUAAAGCCCCUGGCACGGCGCUGAGGCAGGACUUUGUUGAAAGCCUAAAACUCUUGGGGCGGCGGCGGUUUGUCUUCGAGCUUUGUGUUGAUUAUCACCACAAAGGGAAGAUUCAGCUCGAUGACACUGUUGAACUAAUCAAGCGGGCUCAUGCAGAUGUUGCUCGCCAGGACGAGCAGGUCAUAGUUGUGCUUAAUCAUAUGCUCAAGCCCAACUUGACAGGCCCCUUUGACGACACAAACGAGGAGUUCCGAGUCUGGGCGGCUGCUGUUACUGUACUUGGCAAGUUUCCACGUGUAUACAUGAAGCUCUCCGGUGCUUUAUCCGAAAUGUCAGAGUCCACAAAACUGCUCAACCCGCCCGCCGUCGCCGAAUAUCUGCUUCCAUGGUUCAAGGUAAUCAUUCAAGCAUUCGGCCCACAGAGAAUCAUAUUUGCAAGCGAUUGGCCCGUCUGCACCAUUGGAGUCGAAAAUGCUUGGGCGCAUUGGAAGAGCAUAGUGGAGGCCAUGUGCACCAAACUUGAUCUGGAUGCCAGUGCCAUUGAAGCGAUUUUUGCUGGAACAGCAAAAGAGAGUUACAAUUUAUGA